AUGUUUUUGAACUUCAUGUUGAACCUGCUUCUAGCAGCUACCUCUCUGGCAUCGCAGCACGACCAUCACCACGCAGCCAAGCGAACAGAUGUCUCAUCAACGGCUCCCACAACGACGCAGGGGCUAGAUCCGGCCAAAGUCUCGUCGCAACUGCAACAACUGCUUGGGGGCAUGACCAUUUCAGAGCUUGUUCCCAGUCCAACUGUCACACUCGGGAUAUCGAUACCACAGGAACUCAAAUAUGAGAUCAUGACGGCAAUACCUCCUGAUGUGAUUAUCAAACUUAUGGACCAGUCAUACCGUGCAAGCGUCGCAAGUGGCUUUGCGGCUGGUUCAACGCCAGCUUGGUAUCAGUCGUUAAACCCAGAACUGAAAACAUUUUUUGAAGGCAUGGCCAAGGAAAUAAAGACAGGCUCGGCUGUUUUCACGGUCACAUCUACCCCCACAAAUGCAGGUUCGCCAGAUGCAACUGGAGAAAGCGUGGCAUCGUCGUCUAGCUCGGCAGUGGCGGCUGCACCAACAUCUGUCGGUCGUGAAAUGGCAGCUAGCAUUAUUGCAUUGGCUGGCGCUGCUGGUGUGGCUUUAGUCCUAUGA